CAUCAGACUCAAGAGCAAGAGAGCGAAGGUGAAAGGAGCUAUAAAAAUGACAACAGUAAGACUGACAGAACAAUGCUUUUGGUCAAUAAACCUCAAGAUCCUAAAAGACUAGGUACACUUAAUUUUCACCAAUGCAGCCCAGAAGAUUUGUCCAAGUAUGCAGUCACAAGAAAGGCCAGACACCCAAUAGAGAAAGACUUUAGGGAGGCAAUGGAAAAAGAAAGAUUACCAACUAAAAUGGCCCCUUGUCAUUUUCAAAACCUGCAUAAUCCCACUGAAAGUAAACACUCAAGGCACUACAAUCAGGAUAAAGGAAAUUUUGUAAGCAUCAACAAAGCUAUAGUUAAUGAAAAGAACUUGCACCAACAUUCCAAAGAUCUAAACAAGGUUAACCAACAAGAUGCAAGGUCUCAGAAACCAGCCCAAGAUAAGUUUUCUCUUUCAGUAAAUCCAAACAGUGUAAAAAAAUUAUCUAAAGCAAGCUCAAACAAAGCUUACAAGGAAGUUAAAAUAAUCCCCGAACAACAAAUUCCUAUUCAAAUUGGCAUAAAGAAGCAGGGGACUCCAAAGUAUGUAAGCAGAAGUGAAACCAAUAAUACAAAUGACACCUGCAAGGCUGAUGGAACAAUGCAUUUAGUCAAGAGACCUCAAGAUCCAAACCGACAAAGUACACUUCAAAUUUACAGUUACAAUCCAAAAGAUUUGUCCAAGUAUGAAAUCGCAAAAAAAGUCAGAAACAUUAUAAAAGAAAACAUUAAACAUACACCAGAGAAUUCAAAACAAAGUCUGCCUAAAAUGGAAAGAAAGGAAAAACUGCCAACUAAGACAGCUGCUUGUCAUGUUCAAAACCUGCACAACCACACUGAAAGUAAUUACUCAAUGGACUACAACCAGGAUGAUGGAAACUGUGUAACCAAUGGCACUGCUAAUGAUGGAGAUGAAGACUUAUCAAAACAUUCAAUAGCUCUGGACAUGAUAAAUGAUGACUUAAAAGAUGACGUGGCACAUUCAAUAAAGCCAAAGAGCAAACAAAGAUCAGCAAAUGCAAGUUCAAACAAAGGAAAAAACACAGAAAAACAAAUUUCUCAUAAAAAAUAUCAAAAGAAGCAUCACACUCAAGUCAAAAAGAACAAAAGUGAAAGGAGUGAACACAACAGCAACAAUAUAGCUCUACAUUUAAAAAGAAACGCAACUUUUAGGAGAAAAAAGUCAAAACGAUUCUUGAUGGAAAAUAGCAAUAAGAAUGUAGACUAUCGUAAGGCUCACAGAAAAAAUCAGCGUGGAUCAGUAGACCCAAGCAUAUAUCAUGCCAAUAUAGAGUUUACGAAUCCAGAAUAUAUUUCAAUGUGUGAAAUGAUUGACAAUUUAAUCAAAGAGGACAAGGCUUCCCAAAGAAGUACAUUGUCUUUGGAAUUACCUCAAGAUACCAAUAGUUUACAUGAUCAAAAGUUUACAAAGAAACCAUGCGCAGUCACUUCUCAAAAUGAACAAAUAUAUUCAGGCAGUCAAGUAAUUGAGGCAGAGAUAAAAAUUCCAAACCAAAAAAGGAAAAGAGAUAUUGGAAAUGAUUAUGGUAAAGCUCAAAAUUUAAAAAGGUUAUCUAAACCAGAUCACUUACUGCCAAAAGCGUAUCAAAGGGAAAGGUAUUCAGAAAGACGGAGGCAUAUUCAUUAUCAUCAAAGAAGAAGUGGAGCUUGGCGUGAUGCCGAUUAUCACAAAGCUUCUGAAUUUAAGCGAGAUUGGGAACAACUACUUCGACGCAAGUAUACAAAACCGUAUCCAGACAACACUGCAAAGAAAAGAAGUCAUGACAGGUCAACUAAUGGACACAAGUAUGAGAGGUCCACCAAAAAAGAAUAUGGUACUAAAUAUAACAUCAACAAUGGUAAAUCUCAUAGGGAAGAUUUUGAGAGAAUUGUAAGAAAAGGAAGUCUGAUGUUAAGAUGUCAAGAUGAUUUCAAUAAAUCAGUAAGGCAACGAAAUACAGAAUUACCGUCCAGAAAUCACCAAAAAGGAAUAGCUUAUGAACUUACAAACGCAAUCCACACCAUUACAGACACAAACAUGGUUAAAAGACAAGAAAAACAUCGUCCAGACCUCAAGAUUACAGAAACUAAAGAGCCCCGAUUAUUAGAAAAAAUGCAGAGAGAAUCCCAAAAUGCUAGCGCUAAUGUUCAUCAAGCUAGCAUGCCCUUUCUUGCAACUUCAAGCAAAGAGGGAAGGGCAUUAAAAGAAGGAGGUUCUAAUGAAAUGGAUGACACAGUAAAUAUACAGAUAGAUGUGUUUAACAGAAACAAUCAAAGAAUUAACCCAAACAGAAGAGAUGAAAGCAUCUACUCAUGGUUUGAGCUAUGGAUACAAAUUGUACCAGGUAACAAGAUGAUGCAAGAUGAUAAACUGCAACAAAUAACAUUUUUAACUGGUGGCACUAACCCCAGAUUGGUUUUCAGGGAGUGGGGGUAUGUUACUCGGAGUAUGAAAUGCAAGUCACUUCAAGUGCUAUCCUUCACACAAAGAAAUAACACACUGAAGAUUACAGUGUAUACGCAUGCUGUGGGGCUAUGGGCUUGCGUCAAAGAAGCAACCAAGUCGGCAUGUUAUCAACGAGAGAAGUGUUUUAUCACAAGUGAAGGGCAUAACAAUGCUACAUGUCAUGCUACACGUGACGUUGGCAGAUUUGAAACAUAUAAUGCAAGAGACAGUUAUGAAUUUGUGGAUGUUUUCAGAGCACAAAAUGAAAGAAAUUAUGAGCAAAAGCCAGGAUAUAAAAACUGCUAUGCAACAUCAAGAAGACAGUAUUGGGAUGCAAGAGCCAGAAUAAUUAGAAGAGAACAUGAAGCACAAAAUGACCUCCCAAAUAAUUUCUCCCACCCCGGUAACAAUUUUUCCAGAGAUGGAAGCUACUUCGACUGAAAGAUGACAAGAGAUGAGGAUGAUGAAAUGACUCAGAGACCUGAAUGGGGGACUGAGGGAGCGAUGCCUUGAGCAGGGGAGUGAACAGGGUGAACAAAGGGGUCAACAAAUUCUACCCUCUUCCUGUUCAUAUCAGAUAGUGGCUCAUAUUCAGUUUCUUGCCCCAGGCCCCUAGAUGUCUGUCGAUGGGCCUGGUCCUGAGACAUGAUAGACACUUUUGAAAGUCCAUAAUGAUGCUGUGUUUAAUUAUGACUAGUUAUUAAUGUGACUUAAAACAAUUACCACGUUUUACUACACUGACAGUGAUUAAUCGGU